CUAUCUUCCAUUGAUGUGAGCUCCAAUAAACUCCUCAAAUUUGACCUUUCUACCCUCACCUGGGUCCCACUACCCUUUGCUUUCCUUGCCUUCAACACCACCACUGCAACUUUCUGCAACUCCAAUUCCCCCCUCACAUUCUCUCUCUCUAACUUUCUCUCUCUCUCUCUCUCUCUCUCUCUAUAUAUAUAUAUAUAUAUGAAGUUGGUAGCUACUGGAUCAGUAGUUGGUUAAUGGUGGUUUCUGGGAAUUAAUUGUUUUAUAAUUGUGAAGUUUUGAGCAGGUUUAAUUCAGCUAUGAAGUGUCUGAAAGAUUCAGAAGUGUGGGAUUAGAUCUACUAAUUGCCGCCAUAUAUAGAAGAGUUGAAUGACUUCAAAAUUGAUGUAUAGUUGACUUCCGAUCCACAGUCGAGUUUCAUUUCAACCGAUCGAGACUAGCUGAACCGUAAACAGAUGGUGGUCCCAGACUCGGAAAUCAUGUCUCCCGGUGAAGUUGAAUCUCCAUUGCAAUCCGAUCAACACCAACCUAGGAACAAUGUCCAUAAUGCCCUCCUACCGCAGCUUGGCCGGCAAUCCUCCAUCUAUUCCCUCACUUUGGAUGAGUUUCAACACACUCUUUGCGAGAGCGGAAAGAACUUCGGAUCGAUGAAUAUGGACGAGUUUCUCAACAGCAUUUGGACCGCGGAAGAAAACCAGGCUCAUGCCCAAGUUCACCCAGCGGCUGCCGCCACUGCUGGUGGCAGCGUCAGUACUUCGGCCGCCAUGGCUCCUAACAGUGCCAGCAGCAGCGGGCAAUUCUUGACGGGAGUCAACACUGGUGCCGCUGAACCGAAUAUGAUUGUCAAACAACUAAGCUUGCCGAGACAAGGCUCGUUAAAUCUCCUGGGCCCGCUCUCUCGUAAAACGGUCGAUGAGGUGUGGUCAGAGAUACAAAAGACGCAACAUGAUCAUCAUCCGAGCAAUAACUCGAGUAAUGUUCAAGUUCCCGGUUCCGCCCAACGCCAGCCGACGUAUGGAGAAAUGACUCUCGAGGAUUUCUUAGUGAAGGCGGGGGUGGUUCGAGAACAAAACCACCCCAACGCUCCGCCGGUUCAGCAGCAACCGCCACCACCAUUUGGGUUGUACCCAAAUGGAAAUAAUCGUGUUGUUGGGCCACCGCCUGGCUCGACCCACGUGAUAAGGCCACUGAUGGCCGUCAGCACGGGCGGCGGUGCCACCACUAUCCAACCAUACUCGCCACUCAUCAGGGAGGCACAAGGUUACCCCGGAGGUGGGAAAAGGAGCAGUACCUAUCAACCACAGCCUCCACCUUGUUACGGUGGUAUGGUAGGAAAUGGUGGUGGUGUUGCCGGUGGUUACGGGCAGGGGUUGGGGAUCGGAUCACCAGUGAGUCCGGUGUCUUCCGAUGGGAUAGCUACCAGCCAACUCGAUAGCGGGAAUCAGUAUGCAUUGGAGAUGGGCGGCAUAAGGGGAGGCCGAAAACGAAUAAUUGACGGUCCGGUGGAGAAAGUGGUGGAGAGGCGGCAGAGGCGGAUGAUAAAAAACCGAGAAUCCGCUGCAAGAUCUCGAGCUAGAAAACAGGCUUACACAGUUGAAUUGGAGGCAGAGUUGAACAUGUUAAAGGAGGAGAAUGCUCAACUCAAACAAGCUCUGGCAGAAAUAGAGAGAAAAAGAAAACAACAGUUUUUCGAAGACAUGAGAAUGAAAGCCCUGCCGAGAGCUCAAAAAGCGAAAGAAAAAUUACGAGUGUUGAGGAGAAGCUCGAGCUGUCCGACCUGAUUGCCAGAAGAACCUCGAGUGAGAUGAGUACUUUUUUCGUCUCUAAACUUAUAUAGUUCGAAUAAUAGAGGAUAUAUGUAAUAUAUAUUAUAUAGGCGGUUCCGGGUUUUUUUCCUUCCGUUUUAGGCCAAAACUUAGGGACCUCAAGGAUGCAACGGGUUUGUCGGUUGAAUGUAUAGUCGAAAGUCCCUUGGAAGUUUUAGCUUCUUGCGUUGAGUCUUGUGUGAAUUAUAUAGUGAUUAUAGAUUUCCUUUUCAAGCUGCUUUUUUCCUUUCUAGAUGCUGCGUUUUUCCCUACAAAUCGAAAAAUUGAGCUAAAACUUACCACUAUGCCAAAUUUUGGAUUUGAUCCGUUAGCAAAUGGACUCGGUAGCGGAGACUGGCUAAAUGGACCGUAAACUUAAUUCAG